GUGUAAACAAUCUUGUAGCAACAGAACUAAGAUCAAGAUACCGAUCCAUUUCUACUGACUAAAAAUGUAACACUCCAAAAAGAUACAGAUAUUCGUACAUAUUAUAAUAUUGGAGUUUAUUUGGGCAGUGGAAAAUUUGGUGAAGUGAAACGAUGUCAAGAAAAAAAUACUGGAAGAGAAUUUGCUGCAAAAUUUGUUCCAAUCGCUAGUGAAGAAGAUAUGAAUAAUGUAUUAAAUGAAAUUGCUGUGAUGAAUACAUUGAAACAUCCAAGAUUAAUUCAAUUAUAUGAUGCUUAUCAAAUUGAUGAAGAAGUUACACUUGUUCUUGAAUUAAAACGAAUGACAGCUAGUGAAUGUCUGCAACAUCAAUGGUUAAAGCAAAAGAAAAAAAUGCCGAAACGAUCUGGUACAGUUAGUAAAAAACGUUUGAAACAUUUUGUUUAUCGACGUAAAUGGCAAAAAGCGGUAAAUGCAAUUAUAGCAUUACAACGUAUGGGUGUUGUACUACAACAUUCACCAAAUAUGCCAACAAGACAUUCAAGUAUAAAUAAUAUACAUCAUAGAAAUAGAUCAUUUGAAAAAAAUGACACAAAACGACCAAAACUUCCACAAGUCACUGAACAUAAAUAUAAUUUAUCAAAUAGUCCACCAACUCCACCACCACCACCACCACAAGCACCAUCUCGAUCAUCAACAACAACAACAGCUAAGAAAGAAAAUUCACCUACAAUACAACUAAUGAAGAAACCUUCAGGUAUAUUUAGAAAAACUAGUUUCUUUGGCAAGACACGUAAAGAUGACAAUAAUAAUAAUUCAACAACAGAAAACUUAUCAAAUCCAACAUCACCAAAUAAAAAUAAAUUAGAUUUACCAAAUAAUACAUUGAAACGUAAAGAAAGUACGAAAAUGUUUCGUUUUCAACGGCAUAAAACUAGUCAACAAUCAACAUCAUCAGAGAAUAGUGGUUCAUUGAUAAUUAUACCUAAAAUUGAUGUAACCAGUGAAGAAGAUUCAAAUAGAAAAAUAUCAACAACAUCUAUGACCAGUUCGAAACAACAACAACCAAAAGACACAUCAAUUUCAUCAUCAAUAUUUAAAACUCAGAAAAAAAAUAGUCUAUCAAAAGAUAAAAAGCCUCCUUCAUCAUUUUUUACAAACAAAUCAACAGAGAAUACAAUGAAUGGUAAAGAGAAAUUAUCAUCAAUGGAUAAUUCGAAAAUUACAUUGAAUACAACAAAUGAUACUACUAAAAAUAUGAUUAGUAGUAGUAAUAGUAAAACGACAAUAAUGAACUCGACGACGACGACGACUACGGCGGCGGCGACGACGACGACAACUUCAACAACAACUACUACUACUGGUAAUACAUAUAAUUUUCAUAAAGUUCCGACUAAAUCAAAAACUCCCACAUCUAUUUCAAGUUCAGAUAUUGCUUUAAAAAUUAAUUUCUUUUCAAAUUUAUCAAAAGAAGGAAAAGUUAAAUAAUAAUAAUAAUAAUAAUAAUAACAACAUUUAUAUAUGUAUAGUGAUUUUUCUUCAACUUUUCUUUCUCUUUUUUUCUGUUCUAUUUUUUGUCUUAUCACUCUUUAUUGAUUUAUAUGAUUUAUUUAUGCAUUUGUAAAUUGUUUCUUUUAAAAAGUUGUAUGAAAGAUUAUUUUUCAUCUCACCUCUAUUACAUAACUUGAUGUUGUAUGAGUAGGUCGGCAGGUAGGUAGGUAGGUAUCAAGAGUUCACAGAUGUAUGUGAUGCUUCUUAGUUCAAGCAAUCAAAGAUUGUUCCAAUAUAAAAAACAUUCAUUUAUAAUGAUAAAAUUAAAAGAGUUGUUUGCAAGACAAUAAAUAUUCUUAUAGGAGGAUAUUGAACAAUGAAAAAAGAUAUAAAGAUCAAUAUUCAAAAAUCAAUAAUUUUCCUACAUAUCAAUCCGAUUUAUAAUUAAUUAAUUAACUAAUUAUUGUCAAUGUG